AUGGAAGUGGACGAGUGUGAGGAUGAAGAGGAACCCACGGAAGGGGACGAGUGUGAGGAUGAAGAGGAACCCAUGGAAGGGGACGAGUGUGAGGAUGAAGAUGAACCCAUGGAAGGGGACGAGUGUGAGGAUGAAGAGGAACCCAUGGAAGGGGACGAGUGUGUGGAUGAAGAUGAAGCCAUGGAAGGGGACGAGUGUGAGGAUGAAGAGGAGGUGGAUGAGAGCAUUGAAGUCUGUCCCACACUUCCUCCUCCCAAGACCCCUCCACUAUAG